AGCCUUAGGAAGUGAAGAGCAUAUGCUUCAUAUUGGAUCCAAUACAAGCAAUGAAAGAGCCAAAACAACCCAUGGUGGUGAUCAUACUAUUCCAAUUUGUGAACAUGAAGGUCUUGACCACUUUCAAAGUAGAAACAGAAAUUCCAAGCUUAUGCAUGAUUUUGAAUCAAGGAGAAAUGAAAGUAUUAUCAAAGAUGAUAGAAACACCAUCAAUGUGGAUGAAAAACAAAAUAUGGCCGAAUACAAGAAAAUAAAAGAUGAAGAUGAGAUUUUGGCUUAUGAAAGAACAUCUCCAACUUCAUUUGUAAGAAACUCUACAUGCCUGCAACUUCAUCAAGAAGUUCAAGAUGUGGAUAACUCAAACCUCGAAGAAAUCAUCUUUUUUGGCCUUUGUGAAGAAAACCCAAGUUUACAAGAAAUUAUAGGACCAACAAACCAACCCAUUAAAAAACAAUGUGUAGUUGAAAUCCCCACUUUCCAUGAGUUUGACAAUAAGCAUGAGGAAGACGGCCUCCAUCAUAAGGAGUUAGGUUUAGUCAUUAUGUACAAUCAAAACCCUAUUUACGAAUGCCAUGAGCAUAGCAACUCAUCUUCAUUAAAUCUAGUGGAAAACCAUGGAUUUCAACAAGCCAUGGAGGGACAAACCAUCAAAGAAAUGUUGGACACAUCUUUGCCAAAUGGGUGUCAUGAUUUUGGAGAUAGAUUUAUAUACAACGAUGGGCAAUGCAAGGCCUUAACAGAAUUUGAGAAUGAAGGAUUCUUCCCCAGAAUUUCCCAACAAGACCUACAACAAGUUAUAAUCAAACAACUUGAUUUGGAGGAAAGCCAUGUAUUUGCUGAAAGUAUUGAAGAUCAUGGGUCAAAAGAAAUGCAAGAAUCACCCAUAGGGAGUGAAGGCCAAGAUUUUUUGGAUGAGAUUAUGACCUGUGAAAUAGAAAAUAACACUGUUGUGGAAACUAAAGUGGAACAAGUUGAUGCAUACAAUUGCUGCAGAGAGGAUUGUGAUGUGAAUCAGGCAAAAGAAAACUGGGCUGAACAUGACAACAAUUGCAACUGUAUUCUAGAACAUGAGUAUGACAAUUGUUUAACAACUAACAAACAUGUUGAUCUUGAAAUAGAAAAAAACAGAAAACAAAAGAGAUCUCCAUGUGAAGAACAGUGCGAAACCUGUCAUGCACAGAAUCUCGACAAAAGCAGAAAUUAUUAUGGAAGGUUGGAGAAACAGAGAAUGAGUCAUUCUUUGUAUCAAACGGAAGAUCCGUAUGAAAACCAAGAUGCUACAAUGAAGAAAACAGUCAAAGAAUUCAAAGUUAAACAGUCACCUAUUGAUGGGUAUCAAUAUAAAGAUUCUCGAUUUCAAACUGAGAAAAAUUACAUUGAAAGGUCUCAUUGUCAAAUAAGAUGGAAAACACCAACUGAUGUAAGCAGUGAUUUGGAAAACAGUAGGGAGAUUACUCUAUGCAACAAGGCAUUACCGGCGGGGAAGAAAUCCAACGAUGGCGGAAACAGCUUCUCCAGAGCAACUCUUUGCAGCAAUCCAUGUCAACAGAAAGAGCAAAUUACAAGAGCUGCCUCAAAAACAAUCCACUGCGGAAAGGAUUUUCCUUGCAAAUCAAAAGCACAAAAUGUGGAUCCGAACAGAGUUGGAGAAUCUCUUUGUCAUCCAAAUGUACUCCCCGACAAUGAAGGAUUCCCGGAGUUCACAAAUCCAUUGACUGGUUGGGUCUAUCACACAAAUAAUGGGACAAUAAGUAAAUUCUAUACACUCAAGCAGUUGCAAAGAGGCUUGAAGUCUGGGUUUCUGCCUGCAAAUCUGCCAAUUUAUCAGGUACAAGAAAAUAUUUAUACAGGCCCUUUUGUUCUAAAACUAUUGAUUGAAAGAAAUGAGUUUUUAGCAAGCCAUACAAUGAAUGACUUACAACAACCCAUGGAAAUGAAAAAUUUGGAUUAUGUGCAUAAUAUGAAGAGCAAAUUAACAACUCAUGCUUUGAAUGUCCGGCCAUUGUCACAUGGGCCAACACCAGUACUCACCACAACUGUGUGGCCAAACGCCAAGAUGGGAAGCGCCAUUGCAGCAGCAGAGCAGCAGCAGCAGCACUACCUCCAUCAGCACAAAGGUGAUGACAAUCAAGGCGGCAGAGGGACAUGA